CACACACACACACACCUGUUGACGUCUCCUUUCUGUGGUCGUGCCUAACCAAAGACGACAGCCGUAUCCGUGUGUGUCGAUGUGUGUGUCGUUACGGCUCAUCUGCGUCAGGUGGCUGCUUCCUGUCUCGAGUGUUCCGGUGACCUCUGACCUCUGAGCCUGCCGCCGAUCACAACAGGGAGCCAUCAUCUCCGUGGCAACCUCGCAACCUUUUUGAUCUGGGUUCUGAUUGGCCCCCGUACGCUCCGGUUCCCACGGCGAUCCGUCCAAGUGUCGUCACGGUGCUCUGACUCCCGACCUUUGACCUCUGUGCUGUCGGUUAGCAGUGAUGUUCGUGUUCCAGGAACUGAGGCUCGUGCUGCAUUCAAGAAAUGUUGGAAAUUUGAAAUUCCAGCUUGAAAAAAUGUGUCUAGAGAGUCGCUGAAGCUCGUCUGGAACUUGUUAAAUGCUUCUCGGCAACAGCAGAUGAGGGAGGGAGAGCUGGAUUUCAACCUGCAACCUUUGCAACCAGAACCAGCCUCUCCAGUCUUCAGUCCCAGCCUGCUCCUGGAGGAGGAAGAAAAUGGCAACUGUAACCACGUCAACAACAGUGUCACUUCCUGUCCAGCAGAGGCCACACCAGAGGUCGCCACGGCAACAGAGCAGAGUAAAGCUCCAGCGCUUCCCGUGACACCACAGAAACCAGGAAGUGGACCUGUGGUUGUUCAAGGCAGCAACAAGAACGCAGCCAGUGAGAAUAUAGAGAGAGUCCGCAAGUGGAGCAUCACCACCUACAAGUGCACCAGGCAGGCUCUGUCAGAGAAGCUCGGUCGUGGAUCUCGUACGGUGGAUCUGGACCUGGAGCCUCGCCUGGAGCUGCUCAAAGACGACCGGCAGCGCUACGAAAACGUGACCAAGCUGGCUCAGACGCUGGCCAAUCAGCUGGCUCAGUUCACAGAUACCCAGAAAACCCUGGGGGACGCCUUCAGCGACCUCAGCAUCAAAACGCCAACGCUGCACGUGGAGUUUGGUCUGAAUUCAGAGGCUCAGAAGUUUCUGUCUAAGAGCGGUAAAACUCUGUCGGAAGCCAUCAUUGCCUUCACCGCCGACAUGAACACGCUGGUCAACAAGACCAUCGAGGACACGAUGCUGAACGCCAAGAAGUACGAGGCGGCCAGGAUCGAGUACGACGCGUACCGGGUCGACAUGGAGGAGCUGAACCUGGGUCCUCGGGAUGCCGUCACGGUGCCCAAACUGGAGCGGGCCCAGAAGGACUUCCAGGGUCAGAGGGAGCGGUACGAGAAGAUCAGAGACGACCUGUCCGUCAAAGUCAAGAUGCUGGAGGAGAACCGGGUCAAAGUCCUCCACAACCAGCUGUGGCUGCUGCACAGCGCCGUCGCGGCUCACAGUUUAUCAUGUCAGAGCUUCCUGGAGCAAAACAUGCGGCAGGCCAUCGACCACCUGAACAACCCCAGCGUGGACGCCCCCUCCUGGCUGGAGGACAGUUGACACAACAACAACAACAACCCAACAUGGCCCCAUGGAAGGUGGACAUAAGUUGGUAUAGAAAAUUAUUCGGGAGAAACGGACACAAUUGUGGGAAAAGUUUGGGAAUUUUUGCAUUAGAAACUUUGGGAUGGUAAUUAUUUAUAACGGAGUGCAACUGGAGUUUGUGGGUUUUUGGCUCCAGAAAUCUUUUGUGUUUGGAACAGAAACGAUUAAUUUAGAUUGAGUUUAAGGAGAAAUUAAUUAUUUUGGAUAUUGAAUAAGUUUCCUGGGUCUUGACAAACAUCUCAAAGGUGUGGAAACGAUUAGAAAUGAUGGAAUUGCAUCACUUUCCAAUUGUGUAAAAAUAGAAAAAAACAAACAAAAAAAGGAAGUUUUGAGAAGUUUUGACGUUCAUUAUGUUGAAGUCAUGAAACUUUUCCUGUUCCAUAUUUACGCUCAUGUUCAACAGUACUUGUGACUUUUGACCUGUUUAACAGAGACGCUCACACAUAUAUGUACCCCUCCUUUUCUUUUCCUCUGCUUCAGUGUGUUGGGGAGUAAAUCCAUCUAAUCCUCUGCGAGGCACUAAGCCUUUCUUUGAACUUUAAAAAUCCUCAGCCGCUGCAGUCAGAAACUCGUAGCGACUCAAAGUGCCUCGACACCACUGCAGGAAAACAGGGAAGGAUCCAACAUUCAGCACCAGCGAGGUUUGGCUUCCUUUUAACAGUUCUGUUCAGGAGCUCGGCCCAGGUUUAUGAAAAUACCUGGACACCUAUAUAAUACGUUCUGCCUUCUCUUCUUUUCUCUGAAAAAGCCAAAAUGAAACAUAGCUGUUCUCUGCAAGCCGAUGUUUGUUCUUAGCCAAAGAUUAUUUGUGAAGUAAAAGAAGUACGUCGUAGAUUAAACUCUCUACGAUUGUUUCUGUAGUCCAACAGGACUGACAGCGAGACAAACGGCAGCUGAUCUCCUCAUAUUGAAUUUUGCUGUGAGAUCAGAUCUGUCGUCAGUAUUCGGAUCUAAUAGUUUGUGUCAAAUAAUGUGUUAAAGUGAUGACCACCUGUAGCUUUAACUUGGUAGCCACAGAUUAUAUAUCAGAGGUGGUUGUUUGUUUGGCUGCUGGUCGUUUCUUCCCUCUCUCGUAUAUUUAACAAUAAGCAAAGCGACCAGUAGACAAUAGCAUUAAUUUGGAAGGACCAAAAAAUGUUGCUAUAUGUCGAUGAUUAUGCCCUUUUCGUUGUUAGACAUGUUGGCUGUAGCCAGUCAGUUUUUUAUGUUUAUUUAGUCUUUUCUGUGGCAGCUUGAACAACACCAGCGUGCCCGUUUGGGUCGAGUCUAAAUAAUGUUGCACUUUGCAGAUGAUGUUGCUUCGUUUGUCUACAACCGUCCACACUUCAUCAACAACCUUUCAGGCAACAUUUAGCCAAAGUUUGCAUGUAUUAACUGUCUCGCACAUCAAACGCUCACUGCUGCUCGAAAACUCAAGGAUGAGUAACGGAUGUCCACAUGUACUGUUAACCUGCAAAGCCAAAGAUCUAGUUUACAUGACAAGAUCCUCAACAACCGAUAGACACCAAUGUUUUUGACAAACCCCCCAAAAAAUGUUGCUAUACGUCGACGAUGACGAUGUGUUCAUUGAUGGAGAACGGUUCAUUGUAGUCCAUCUUUCAAGCAAGAUUUAAUUACUAGCCAAAGUUUAGCUGUUUGUUAGCCGUCUGGUUUACAUGACAAGAUGCUCAGCAGCUUGAUGGCACCAAUAGUUUCUUCUAUUCAGGCUUCCUCUUCAAUCCAGACAAAUUUCUAUUAAACCCAAAAAUGUUUCUGUCUACUGACGAUGUUGUCUUGUUCCCUGGUUGCUUAUAACUUACCUGUCUAGCAACAUUUCUUCAGUCGCCAGUGUUUCUUUCCUAUCUACCAAUGUAAUAUCAAUAGUCUAUAAUCCCCCUUUUGAAUAUAAACUUCAAACACCACCAUUUUUAGUUUUAGUCAAAUUAAAGUUGCCCUCAGUGGUCGGUGCCUCUCAGUUCACUCUCUUUACACUCCAGUUACAUUCCAGCUUCACAAUAACACAACAGCUUAACUAAACUAAUGUGUUGCUUUUUUGCCGCCUGUAGUCUCAGACUGAAAACACAACAGGAGUUAGAUUCCGUUCAGAUGAAAACACUGAAUAAAUGUGCUGCCUUUUUAUGUUUUUCUUGUCUUAUGAAGACCAAAAGUUUGUCGACUCUUUCAUUAAAUCAAAAUAACAGAAACAACUUGACAAGUUUUUGUGCGAUCCAACAUUUGAAGGCAUCGCUGAUUUGUGUCAAGGUGUAAAAUGUCAUUUUGUCUCGCGCUCUUUGCACUGCAAUCUGUAAUCUGCCUUAAAUAUUUCCUGUGAUACUGUUUGUGUAUUUAACUCCUCUCUUACUUACUGUUGUUAAUGUGUGAAUGUGUUUGUUUGUGACUGAACCUCAGGCCUCACAACAACAUCUAUGCAAUGACUGUGGAUGCUUUUGUGCAAUAAUGUCUCAGAAACUUGCCUUAAAAACAACGAACGCACUCCGUUAAUGUCCCACCUGAAUAUAAUUGCCUUAAAAGGGAAAGUACGAGUGGAAACAAGCCAAAUAUUUAGACUUUCUUUUUUUAAAAAAUGUACUUUCAGGUGAUUUAAAAAAGCUAAAAUGUUGUUUUGUGCCCCCCAACAAACCAUUUUACACAUUUUGUUUGUUUAAGUUUUUUAUGAUGAUCGUGAAUUAUGCCAGAACUUUCAACUGCACCUUCCUCAACGGAUUGAAAAUGAAAAUAUGCCAAAAAAAACAAAAAAACAACGCACACUACACAAAUCCACUGAGGAAAUCCAUGAUAUGUGGUUGAAAACCCCGGAGAGCAGUUAGCAUGUAGCCUUGUUUCCUUUUUGAAUGGGUUUUUUUUUGUAAAUGGCUGGAAAACUUAACUUAAUAACAUUAUACUGUAAUAUUCCACCUGUUUCAUGUCGUCGACAGCAAAAAUGAUGCUGCAUUUUUAAAAUUGUUUGCUUUUUUUUCCCUUAAAUGUUCCUUUUUUGCACCUCUGUUCAAGUAAAAGUAAAAGAGAAAUGAUAUGUGAUGUGUUCAAUGUCCUCACAUCUCCCUUUUUUCAGACCAAAGGGAAGAAAUGAUUCAUGUACAGGAUUAUUUUUGUGGGGGGUUUUUUUCCUGAAAAUCAACUAAAAGUAAUCAGAUUACCAAGAGAAAGUUAGGCUGUGUGUUCCAGCAGACAGUUAACUGUCUGCUGGAACACACAAAGUGUUGUGAAGUUAAAGCUGAACUUUCUACAUCUUAAAUGAAUGUUUCCUCCAGCAAACUGUAAACAUCCACUUCUUCUUAAAGGGUUAAAGGGGAAUUUUUAAAAUCUGUAUUGUACAUUCUAAUAAAUGACCAACAUGUACAUAAGUACCUUAAUGUUUUAACUAACUGCCAAAUAAAUCUGUCGAGAGUAAAACUGAA